AUGCCUGUACGCUCCACCCGCGCACCUUGGACAUGCGCACAAUGCCUGCUUAAGCAAAAAGCACGUAGAGCCCUCCUUCGCCGCUCGAUCUCCACCAGUGCAGCUCCUCCUCUCCCACCAGCUUCAGGCGCAGCACACCUCACCACCCGUCGCCUCAUCUCCCUUCACGGUCCAGAUAGUCCGAAGUUCCUUCAAGGCCUUAUCACAAAUAACGUCCUCACACCACCCGCACGACAAGGAUCUUUCUACGCUGCUUUCCUCACAGGACAAGGAAGGGUGGUCGUAGAUGUCUUUGUAUAUCCCACUCAAGGCUCGCGAUGGCAUGGUCAAGCAUAUGGAGACGGAGAGCCGGGAUAUUUGGUUGAGGUGGAUGCAAAUGAGUUAGAGGUGUUGGCGAAGCAUAUCAAGAAGCAUAAAUUGAGGAGUAAAUUCAAGAUGAGGGUUUUAGAGGAGGGUGAGAUGGGGCUGUGGAGUUCAUGGCGGGAGGAGGGGAGGUGGACAGCGCAUCCUUCGCAAGACAGCAAUCAGAGUAUUUCGGAAGAAGGGUACUUGAGUGCUACGGAUGCCAGAGCACCAGGGAUGGGUACACGGCUUCUGCUACCAUCCUCUUCACAAAGCGGCAGCGGCCUUCCCGCCGAAUUAGAGCUGGAGGAAGCGCCUCUGAGCGCAUACACGAUCCGUAGAUAUCUACGCGGUGUACCCGAAGGUCAGAGGGAGUUUGCGAGGGAGGAGAGUCUACCUAUGAAUUUCAAUGUCGAUCUUAUGGGUGGGAUCGACUUCAAAAAGGGUUGUUAUACGGGACAAGAGCUGACGGUAAGGACGCAUCAUACGGGUGUGGUGAGGAGGAGAGUGUUGCCUGUUGUGCUCCAAUCAAGAGGAGAGGAGGGAGGAGCGGAUCUGGUCUACGAUUCCUCCGCAGCAGAAUUGAUUGAUAGUGUGCUUGGUCAUGAAGGCGCGGGCUUAGGAGAGGGAGAGAUCAGGAGAGAUGAUCAGAGGAAACGACCCACGGGCAAGCUGAUAGCGAGGACGGGGAACGUGGGCUUAGGACUCUGCAGGCUGGAACAGAUGAGUGACCUGAGCAUAUCGGGCGAAGGCAGCUCGUUCGGUCCUGAAGAUAGAUUCAUGGUCCAGGCGAAGGAAGGCGAUGGCGCUGUGGCAGUCAAGGCCUUCGUGCCAGACUGGAUACGAGGCCGAUUACGUGGGCCGAAGGUCCAGAAACGUGUAGAAAUGUAA